CAGUCACUGUGCGCAUUCGCUCGCUUGAGCUGCUUUGCAGCCGGGGCCUUGAUGUCGUGCAGAAACGUCCAACGCCCCGUUACUUUUUUAACAAGAAUGUCGGGUGCUCUCCGGCAGCCAGGCCUUGCAUGCCUUCGCAGUUUGCUUGUCGGGGUUCCAAAGGCGGGCGUCGAGGCGAUCAGUGCCCCUGUCGGCUGCCAAUCCUCCUGCGCUGGCCUGCUGAGGCUACACCACACACAACGUGUGGAUGACUUAUCAACGUGCUGACCGCAACGCCACCACCGCCAGCAGCAGCAGUUCUGGGAGAGGAAGCAGCGCCAGCCAUCCAAUGGACAAGUCAGGGCGCUGCUCCUCAUUCGCUGCAUCUGGCGCUCAUGGGAACACCGCCAGCGCAGUCAUCGGUGCCCGCACGCCAGCUGGCUGCUUCGCCUCCAGCUCGACACCUCUGGCGCCACUGCCCAGCAGCCCCCAUGCAACCUUUGCGACGAUAGCGCUGCAGCUGUCGCCGGGUGAGGGUCUGCUGGCGGCGCGGCGGCUGCGCUCGGAGCCGGAGCCCUUCGAGGACGAGUACGAUGAUGACGAGUACGAGGACGGGGAGUACGUGGAUCUGGAUGUGGAGGAUCUGCUGGCGGACUUGGCUGACGUGGAGGACAUUGACCUGGACGAGGGGGAGUUUGAGCUGAGCGACGAGAGCGACUCGGAGGGCGAGGCGGAGGAGGGGGAGCAGGCGCUACCGCCGCCGCCGCCGUCCGCUCGGCCGCGGAAGGACUGGCGGGUGUGAUUGGAGUGG